AGAGAUUGGGGAAUUUGGGAAAUUUUGCAGAUUCCAAAUCCUAAACCCUAUCAAGUCAAUCCUGAAAGGCUGUUCAAAUUGAUCGUUGCAUUUCGUUUGCAAUGGGUACUGCUUUGGUUUCGGUCAGUCAAUUGCCUUUCGGUCUAGGAACGAAGCUGAUUUCGAGCAAUUUUACCGGUGGUUCGGUUUCGUCGAUUGGAUUUUCUGUCCCCGCCGGUAAAUCUCCGGCUUAUACACGGCGCGGCGGCGUUUUUUUUACGAGAGCUUCGGUUGCUACCGAGGAGAAGACUGAAACGAAAGCUGCGGUGAUCAGAAUCGGCACUAGGGGAAGCCCACUGGCUCUUGCGCAAGCCUAUGAAACCCGAGACAAACUCAUGGAGUCGCAUCCCGAAUUAGCUGAGGAGGGUGCAAUACAGAUUGUGAUCAUUAAAACCACAGGCGACAAAAUUCUAAGUCAACCACUAGCAGAUAUUGGUGGGAAGGGAUUGUUCACAAAAGAAAUCGACGAGGCGCUCCUUAAUAGUGAGAUUGACAUUGCUGUGCACUCUAUGAAAGAUGUUCCUACGUAUCUACCGGAUAAGAUAAUACUACCUUGCAAUCUUCCCCGGGAGGAUGUCCGGGAUGCAUUUAUUUGUUUAACAGCAGCUUCUCUGGCUGAACUCCCCGGUGGGAGCAUGGUGGGCACUGCCUCACUGAGAAGGAAGUCACAGCUACUUAAUAGAUAUCCAUCACUUAAGGUGCUCGAGAAUUUUCGAGGCAAUGUGCAGACAAGGCUAAGAAAAUUGAACGAGGGGGUUGUCCAAGCAACAUUACUGGCACUGGCAGGUCUGAAGCGUCUGAACAUGACCGAGAACGUCACUUCGGUGCUGUCCAUUGAUGACAUGCUCCCAGCUGUUGCUCAAGGAGCUAUUGGGAUUGCCUGUAGAAGCGAUGACGAUAAGAUGGUUACCUACUUGGCUUCAUUAAAUCACGAGGAUACACGAUUAGCUGUUUCGUGCGAGAGGGCCUUCCUAGAGAAGCUUGAAGGAUCGUGUCGCACGCCAAUUGCUGGAUAUGCAAGCCGGGAUGAGAAUGGGAAUUGCAUUUUCAAGGCUUUGGUAGCCUCACCUGACGGGAAACAAGUACUCGAAACCUCUAGAGGAGGUUCGUAUGCAUACGAUGACAUGAUAAAGAUGGGUGUGGAUGCUGGUGAGGAGCUUCUGUCGCGGGCCGGCCAAGGUUUCUUCGAUCGAUGAGUAGCCGAGGGUUGGUGCCUGAAUUUUGAAGUAAGUUCAUUUUUGGUGUGUUGUAGGAUGAUGAAUGUUAACUGAAGUUAGUUAGCUCCUUAUUCUUUCCAUCAUGUGCAUCUUCUACGACUGCCAUUUCUUGGCUCUAAAUUAUCUGCCUUUUUUCUUAACGAAAACAAUCAUACACAUUUUUCAUAAAAUAUUAAUUUAUUAUUUUUAUA